CUCUCCUAUAAUUAUUUCUCUCUAUGUGCGACCUAGGGCUUUCCAUCCGUCCCUCCGAUCACUGCCCUCCCGUGUAUACUUCUUGGUGUUGGAAUGGAGAUGAAGACAAAGAGUUCAGAUUCAGCAGAGAAACAAGGUCACGUUGACUCAACGGGCUCAAUGUCGGAGAAGAAGAAGAGAAAGGGAAUGACGAUAGAAGGGUACCCCAUUGACGGUCUUUCAAUUGCAGGGCACGAGACUUGCAUUAUCCUCCCCACCCUUAACCUGGCCUUCGAUAUCGGCCGAUGCCCUCAACGCGCCGUUUCCCAACAAUUCCUCUUCAUCUCCCACGGUCACAUGGAUCACAUUGGAGGUCUGCCGAUGUAUGUGGCAACUCGGGGCUUGUACAGAAUGGCACCCCCAACGAUUAUAGUGCCAACAGUUAUAAAAGAGUGUGUGGAAAAACUCUUUGAGGCACACAGAGCAAUGGAUCACUCAGAGCUGAAGCAUAAUCUAAUUGGCUUGAAUGUUGGAGAAGAGUUUCAAUUGAGGAAGGAUCUUAAAGUGAGAGCAUUUAGGACUUACCAUGGCAUACCAAGCCAGGGCUAUAUAGUUUACUCUUUAAGACAUAAACUGAAGCAGGAGUACGUUGGUCUCCCAGGAAGUGAGAUUAAAAACUUGAAGUCAUCAGGUGUGGAGAUUACAGACACUGUAACAAUGCCUGAAAUUGCUUUCACGGGAGAUACCAUGUCUGAUUUCAUUGUUGAUGACAACAAUAUUGAUGUCUUGAGGGCAAAGAUUCUCAUUAUGGAGAGCACCUAUGUUAGUGACAUAGAGACAGUAGAGAAUGCAAGAGAUUAUGGACACACUCAUCUGUCUGAGAUAAUUGGUUAUGCAGACAGAUUUCAGAAUAAAGCAAUUCUUUUGAUCCAUUUUUCAGCUCGAUAUCAAGCAGAUGACAUUCAAAAUGCUAUGUCCACACUGCCUCCCUCUCUUGCUGGGCGAGUUUUUACGCUAACUGAAGGUUUCUGAUGAAAAAGUGGGACUCAAGAGUAUGGUUCCUAUAAUUAUCUCAUCUUUCCUCAUACAUGAUCCAGCCUUGCGACUCUUUUUCCAGAUGGGCAGGGGUUUUGUGGAUUACGUUUCUUUGUGAUUCAAUGCUUGAAAUUUAUGCCCUCAUGGAUGGAUGCCAUUUUUCUGUUGCAGAGGAUCUGUGGCUAUGUUUGAGUGAAGUAGACCAUCCUGUCCAUAAGGGAAGUAGAAAUUAGUUCCAGAAACAUCUCUGUUUAAUGUAACUAAGGUUAUAGUGUACUAGCGAGCUUGUUUAGUUUUCUACAGCAACCGGUAUGAAUGAGGCAUUUCCGCACUUAAAAAAAUGGUAUCUAAGUGUUUUUAGAAGAGUUUUUGACCAUGAAAACCUUCUUGAAUAUGUUUAGAACAUUAUCAGAAUUUUAGAGGAAACCAUAUUAGAAUUGAUUUACAGGC